GACGUCACAACCUUCCACCUUUCAACCUUUUUACCUUGGUCACUUUCUUUACUAGAAAGACAAAACAACAAAACAACCACAAUCCGAGUGAUCAGUCUUUCGCGUUCACACCGCAAUCAAUACGCGAGCACUCCCUCUUUCCUACUUUUCGUUUAGUUGCCUCGAGCAAGUACCGACUUCGCAAUUAUAUCACUUUUUAGGCAACCAGCCAUUUAUCAACCUGCGAUUAAAUGGUAUUCUAGCUGCUCUACGAGACCGUCGCAUUACCUUGACGGGCCUCUUGCACCUUUCAACCUCUUAUCAACGGCUUUAUUAAUCCCGCCUAAUUAAUCUUGCCUUCCUCAUUUUGCGCUCCCAACAUCCUCUGUCGCCAUCCUUACAUCUCAACACGUUUCGUCACGUGUAGCUUCUGUCGCUAUCCACAAAGCGACAAUGGCUCCCUCUGGCCCUCGUAGAGGAUCAGCCCCUUCUGGCUUGCGCAACAACCGAGGAUCUGCAGCGAAGACAGCCAGCCGAGGCGGAAUCACUAAGCGUCGCGGAAACGCAGCACCGAGACUUGACCGAGAUGGCGACCUCGACAUGGACGGCCCAAAUGAUCCCAACCGUUCGUCGCAGAAGUCGAAACGCGCCAACCAUCACGAUGCUAUUCCCACCGCGCCUCGAGCCAACCGACAAGCCGCGAAUGGACCCCGCGCGCCAAGAGCUUCGGUGAAAGCACAACAAAUCAUCCAACGAGCCCUCACGAACGGAAUGACCGGAGGACCUCGAGGUGCUCAACGUGUCAACGCUCAAGAGACGAUGACACUACAAGUCGCAGGUCUCAAGUCGAGCAAGGCCGCUCACAACGAAGGAGGUGGCCUGAAGGAGCUGCUCAAUUUCUUAGAACGCAAGGCCCAGACCGUUGGUAAAACUACACGACCCAUCAGGAUUAAGAAGUCACACAUUGUUGGUGACUUAGUCCAAAUUUCAACAAGCAAGCAAGAUGGAGAAGAGAUUCUUAAGGUGGAUGGUUUCACAUUCGCCGGUACACCCCUUACUAUUACGGCGCUUUCUGAAGGACAGAAUCCGCUACCCGAGACCAAACUGUCCUCGGAUGCCCUUCAGAUCAAGGAGCAGCUACGUAGUGUCCUCAGUUUACGCUACAACACUGAGGUGAAGCUGUUGGAUCUAUCUGUCCUCGGCAAUGAUCAGAUCCUGCAGCAGAUGGGAUUCUUCAGCGGCGAAAGCAAACCCGAGAAGCUGUUUAGAGCUCUGAUGGCUGUCUGUGAUGGUCUGUUUAAGACGCCUCAGGACAAGCGCCAAGCCGUUGUUAGCGUCAGCCUCGCAGGCAACAAUAUCGACGAUGUUCAUCAGAUUAUGUCCUUGGCCGAAACCUUCCCCGACCUAGUCAAUUUGGACUUGAGUCGAAACCACUUCAAGGACAUGCGAGGUCUUCAAAAAUGGCGACACCGUCUUCGCAAGCUUGAGACUCUUCUUCUUAACGACAAUCCCAUCGAGACUACAACUCCUGGCUACAGAGAAGAGAUCAUGGCUUGGUUCCCGAGACUGCAGAAUCUCAACAACGUUCAGGUCCGAACACCGGAGCAAGUUGCCGCAAUGGCGCUUGCUGCUCGGCCUGUCCCGAUCCCGCAACAUGGGCCAGACUUUCGAGAUAUCAAUGGAAUUGGUGAAGGUUUCAUCAGAGAAUUCAUCCCGAUGUACGACUCGGAUCGCCCGAACCUAGCUAGCAAGUACUACGACAACGACAGCACGUUCUCUAUAUCAGUCGACAAUACUACCUCUCGAUCGUCGCAUGCGCAGCAAGCUGGAUGGGGUGCAUAUAUCAAAUUCUCGCGUAAUCACGUCAAGAUUACACACGAGAACACUCGUAGCAAGCGUGUGUUCGCCGGUCCAAAUCUCAUUAGAAGCGUGUGGGAUCAACUACCCGCUACGCGACAUCCCGAUCUACUGGCGGAGGUCGACAAGUACAUCGUCGACUGCCAUCCUAUCCACGGUCUCGAAGACCCGGCUGGCCAGCAUCGAUCCGGCGUGGACGGAAUGAUCAUCACCAUUCAUGGAGAGUUUGAUGAUCAAGAACCUAUCACGAUGAAGACGGCUAAGCGAAGCUUCUCCCGAACUUUUGUUCUCGGCCCAGGCAUGCCGGGUAGAAACCCUAUUCGUGUCAUCAGCGACAUGCUCGCCGUAAGGCCUUUCAGACCCUCGCCUGCAUCAGCGCCAACGCCGGCGCCGGCAUCGGCACCGGCACCGGCACCGGCCCCAGUCUUGGCCCCAGCUGCUCAACUGAAUCCAGAGUUGCAGCAGCAGAUGGUGAUUGAGCUGUGCAACCGCACGCGCAUGACCCCGGAGUACUCCAAGUUGUGCCUAGACGGGGUCAACUGGAACUUCGACCAAGCUCUAGUGGUGUUCAACGACAAGCAAGCGCAGCUACCGGCUGAAGCCUUUAUAAACCCGUCUCAAUAGGAGUUGUGACGUGAAAAGGGUUGAGUCAGGUUGGGAUUUCUACGCGAUGGCAUUGCAUGGUUCAGGAGUUUAAGGUUUAUGGGUUUCAUGGGUUAAUGAUUUCGGAAUAUGGCGAGGAGGACUACGUUUGGCUGUGCAUAUAAUGCAGCAAGGGGGAUAUUGUGAGAAUGAGAAUGAGGCGGCUUGGAGGAAAUUUGUUAUGGUCCGCAUGACCCCCUGGAUCUGAUUGAGACUUCCCGCUCAAGAUACUGCGCGCUUAGCUCUCGUCGGUCUGAGCUCAGAAGCUGUCGGAUUCACUACAUCCGCACAAAGCUUCGUCUAGCAAUACCAAAAGGUUGCUAAAACUA